AUGCGCAUUCGAGUCGUGGUACGCAAACGACCCAUGGCCCGAACAGAAAGCAGUGCGGCGGGUGACGCCGACAUCGUGCACGCGUUGCAUUGUGGGUCGUUCGGAAAGAUUCUCUGCUAUCAACCAAAAACAAAAGUCGAUCUGACCAAAAGCAUUGAAACAGUGCCGUUUUGCUUCGACAACGUCUUUGACGAACACGCCACCAAUGUGCACGUGUACGAGCGCGCCGUGCGCGGUCUCAUACCCGCACUCUUGGAUGGGCAGUGGUGCAGUAUAUUUGCCUAUGGGCAAACCGGCAGUGGUAAAACCUUUACGAUGAUGGGAUCCAACCAACACCGGCCCUCCAAAAACGCGUCCAAUUUUGGCCUCUACUACAUGUCCGCCUUGGAUAUUUUUGCCGCCCUGAAUUCGCCGUCGUUGUCACAUUUAUCCGUCGGACUUUCCUGCUUUGAGAUUUACGCCGGCAAGCUGUUUGACUUGCUGAGUAUCCCGGCCGGUCGCAACGCAAUUAAAUGCCUCGAAGAUGGUGAUGGUCAGGUUUGUUUUCCCGGUCUGAGUGAACACGAUGUGGAUGACCCCGACGCGUUGCUCAGCUUAAUGGAACGUGCCGCGACCCAACGAUCCACGGGAACGACCUCGCGCAACGCUGACAGUUCCCGAUCGCACGCGAUCGUGCAAUUGCAUUUGCGUUACAAUGAGCUUUGCGAUGAUGACGAUAUGUUGGGUACCGAAUUUAGUCGAUUGACGUUGAUUGACCUAGCCGGCAGUGAGAGAGGUGCUGACACGAACAGUGCGAGCAGAGCAACUCGGAUGGAAGGGGCCGAAAUCAACACCAGCCUACUGGCACUCAAAGAAGUAAUUCGAGCCAUGGGCCAAGGCUGUGAUGUCCACGUACCCUUUCGGGGAAGUAAAUUGACCCAAGUGCUCAAAGAGAGUCUGGUCGGUAAGCAUUGCCGUUCCGUCAUGAUUGCCUGUAUCGCCCCAAAUAUGGGGAACUGCGAGCAAACUUUGAACACCCUGCGGUACGCGGACCGUGUCAAAUCCCGC